GUAACGCUCGAGAGUUUGAGAGAAAUGCGUGUGCCUCUUUACCAUCUUCUUUACUUCUUCUUCAUCUUCCAAUUUCCACAACGAUUCUCACACUUCGUCUUCCUCAUCGGUGAUUUCUGGGGUUUUGUUCUUCAUAUUCAGUUGCCGAGAAGAAAUCAACGGAGAAGAACAAAUCCUUCUUUUGAGAAAUUAACGCUUGGAAAUGGCCAAGAAGCAAGGAUCUGCGAUGUCUCUUGAAGCUUUUGUGUCAACAAUGGCUCCACUUAUUGACAUGGAGAAAGAAGCUGAGAUCUCAAUGUCUUUAAGCACUGGUGCUUCAAGGAACAUUGAAACUGCUCAGAAGAAAGGCACAACGAUUCUCAAUUUGAAAUGUGUUGAUGUUCAAACAGGUCUAAUGGGGAAAUCACUUAUUGAGUUUCAAUCAAACAAAGGAGAUGUUCUUCCUGCUCACAAGUUUGGUAACCAUGAUGUGGUUGUGUUGAAACUGAAUAAAUCUGAUCUUGGUUCGUCUCCGCUUGCACAAGGAGUUGUUUAUCGGUUAAAGGAUUCUUCGAUUACUGUUGUUUUUGAUGAGAUUCCGGAGGAAGGGUUAAACACUUCUCUUCGGUUGGAGAAACUUGCGAAUGAGGUGACGUAUCGCAGAAUGAAAGAUACGUUGGUACAGCUGAGUAAAGGUGUGUUAAGAGGACCUGCUUCUGAUUUAGUGCCGGUUUUAUUUGGUGAGAGACAACCUUCAGUGUCUAAGAAGGAUGUUAAGUCCUUUACCCCUUUUAACAAGAACCUUGAUCAAUCGCAGAAAGAUGCUAUUACAAAGGCUUUAUCUUCAAAGGAUGUGUUCUUACUACAUGGUCCUCCUGGUACUGGGAAGACAACGACGGUUGUGGAAAUAGUUUUGCAAGAAGUUAAACGCGGUUCAAAGAUUCUUGCUUGUGCAGCUUCGAAUAUUGCAGUCGAUAAUAUUGUUGAGAGACUUGUUCCUCAUAAAGUUAAGCUGGUGAGGGUCGGGCAUCCUGCACGGCUUUUACCUCAGGUGCUGGAUAGUGCUCUAGAUGCUCAGGUUCUAAAGGGAGAUAACAGCGGUCUUGCGAAUGAUAUCAGAAAGGAAAUGAAGGCACUAAACGGGAAGUUGUUGAAAGCGAAAGAUAAAAACACAAGGAGAGAAAUCCAGAAGGAGCUUCGAACUCUGGGUAAGGAAGAGCGUAAAAGACAGCAGUUAGCUGUAUCAGACGUGAUCAAGAAUGCUGAUGUCAUUCUCACAACUUUGACUGGUGCAUUAACACGGAAGCUCGAUAAUAGAACUUUUGACUUAGUGAUCAUCGAUGAAGGAGCACAGGCUCUUGAGGUAGCAUGCUGGAUAGCUCUGCUAAAGGGUUCACGAUGUAUACUUGCAGGAGACCAUCUCCAACUCCCACCGACAAUCCAAAGUGCUGAAGCUGAAAGGAAAGGAUUAGGGAGAACACUCUUUGAACGGCUAGCGGAUCUUUAUGGAGAUGAGAUCAAGUCCAUGCUUACUGUCCAGUAUCGUAUGCAUGAGCUUAUAAUGAACUGGUCAUCGAAAGAGCUUUACGAUAACAAGAUAACAGCGCAUUCAAGUGUUGCCUCACACAUGCUUUUUGACUUGGAGAAUGUAACAAAAUCUUCUUCAACAGAGGCGACUCUACUAUUAGUAGAUACUGCUGGGUGUGACAUGGAAGAGAAGAAAGAUGAGGAAGAGAGCACCUAUAACGAAGGUGAAGCAGAGGUUGCAAUGGCACAUGCCAAGAGACUAAUGGAGAGUGGAGUUCAGCCUUCUGAUAUUGGAAUUAUUACGCCUUACGCUGCUCAGGUUAUGCUGCUUAGGAUUCUUAGGGGCAAAGAGGAGAAGCUUAAGGACAUGGAGAUCUCUACGGUGGAUGGUUUCCAAGGUCGAGAGAAAGAAGCAAUCAUCAUUUCCAUGGUUCGAUCAAACUCGAAGAAAGAGGUUGGAUUUUUAAAGGACCAAAGGCGAAUGAAUGUGGCUGUUACUCGCUCUAGAAGACAGUGUUGUAUCGUCUGCGAUACAGAGACCGUGAGCAGUGAUGCGUUUCUCAAACGUAUGAUUGAAUACUUUGAGGAGCAUGGCGAGUAUCUCAGUGCCUCUGAGUACACCAACUAGUAACCGCAAGUUUCUUAAAAUCUCAGGCCAAUCGAUAGAUAUAAGUUUCUUGGUUUGGUUAGCUAGCAAAUCAUCUUCUUGAAAACCAAGUGAUAAUGUAACUAAACCAGAUUUUAUUAU